AACUACAGGACCACAGGACAUAAUCUAAUGGGAGUCAGUGAGGGGGGGCUGAGCACAAGGCGUUCGGGUUAAGGUGGAGUAUAAUAAGGGGGCCAUGAAUGGAGAGAAGCUGUGAGGAUCAGAGGAAGAAGAGGAGGAGGAGGAGGAGGUCCAGUGCAAACUUCAUUCCUGUUCAGACAUGUGGAGACGAAUUAUUACCGACAGUGUCUUAAACGAGUAAAGCUGAAGAAUUCAGACGCUUUGUCCAGAUGUAUCAGAAGCCUGCCCAUCCUCUAAGACUAAAAGAGUGGCUGAUACUUCAGAUCGACAGCGGCAAGUACCCCGGACUUCACUGGGAGGAUGGGCAGAAGACACGGUUCCGAAUCCCAUGGAAGCACGCUGCCAAACAGAACUAUAGUGAGGAAGAAGAUGCAGCUUUAUUUAAGGCCUGGGCGGUGUAUAAGGGAAAGUUUCGAGAAGGGUCUUCAAAGGCAGAUCCUUCUGUAUGGAAGACCAGACUCAGAUGUGCACUAAACAAGAGCCCCGAUUUCCAGGAGGUCCCGGAGAGCUGUCAGGAUGCAGGGGAACCCUGCAAAAUCUACAGGAUCGUGGCCGAGCAGCAAGACAGUAGCAAUGAUCCAUACAAAGAAAGGUCUAUGAGCCCCAGUAAUGAAUGCCCUCCAAGCUCUCCAGAAGACAAACUUCAGAUUGUGGAAGUGAGGAGAGAAGGAUUUUCAGACAGAGAUACUCCACCCAAACUACUGAAGUUGGAAAGCCACCAAAUCUCAACAGAUACAGGGGCAUCAGGUGUAGCCAUUGUGAAAGACCCCCAUAGUGACCAUAAAGUGGCAGAAAUAUCAGAGCAAGAAGCAUUUGUGCAACUGUCAACCUCGUCUUCAGAUUUCUGGCUUCACAUACGCCUGUACUACCAGGGCAAACUGGUGAACGAGGUCACCACACAAACGGCUGAAGGUUGCCGCAUUGCCUCCCAGUCAUCAUGCCAGUGGGAAUACAACUCAUAUUCACCUAUGCUGUUAGAGGAAAUCCCUUUCCCUUCUCCCCAAGAAGUGAUGGGUAGCCUGAAACCCGAGGUCUACCAGGUGCUCAAAAAGCUGCUUCGGCACCUGGACAAAGGGGUGCUACUGUGGGUGGCACCGGAAGGGGUGUUUAUAAAGAGGCAGUGCCAAGUACGGGUAUACUGGAGCAGCCCCUCGGCCCCACACAAAGAUCAACCCAACAAACUGGAGAGAGAGAAGACCUGCAAGGUGCUGGACACAGAACAAUUCAUGACAGAAAUGGAAAUGUUCAUGACACACAAAGGUCCAGAACCCCAGUACCAGAUCCAGCUGUGCUUUGGAGAGGAAUACCCCGAGUCAUCUGGAAACCCCAACAAACUGAUAACAGCACACGUUGAGCCGGUGUUCGCUCGGGAAUUUCUUGAACAGGCAAAGAUGAAACUGAGGAGUGAGCCUGCAAGUCCAAAUCUACGUUCACCUAGUCCUGUAUGAACAGAUACGUUCUACAGUGGUUAUCUCCAAUGUGAAUUGGGUUGCCAGGGCCUGCUGGGAGUUGUGGUUCUUCAACAGAUUAUGUAAGACAGUUUACCAAACAUCAGCCUAAACCACCUUGGUUCUCUUCAUGAUCUCCUCUGUAUGGGACCCCUAAACCGCUAAACUGGCCUUCCCAAUUUACCUUCCAAUACCCUUUGUUUAUUGGAGCUUUCAAAUUCUCUAUGUAGAUCAGUGGUCUCCAAACUGUGACCUGGGGGCCAGAUGCAGCGCUUUGCUUGCUUUUAUCCAGCCCUUGGGGCCUUAUUUCAUUCACCGACACCAACCAAGAGGCACAAUUCCUUCCAAUGAUGGGGGCAAUUUCCUUCCAAUGAUGGGGGCCAAUGACACCAAUGAUAGAGCACA